GACUUCCUGAGGGCGGGCGGACGGGCCCAAGAUGGCGCCGGGCCGCUGGCGCCAGGGGCGGCGGCUGCUCCGCGCUCUGCUGCUCGUGGCGCUGCUGGGUCCCGCCGCCGCCUUUUCUUCGUCCUUCUACAGCCCCGGCGAGCCGCGGAGCAGCGUGCGAGUGCUGUGCGGCUCCAACUGGAGCCUGGUGUUGCAGGGCCAGUGGAUGUUGGAGUUUUACGCCCCGUGGUGCCCGGCGUGCCGGCAGCUGGAGCCCACCUGGGAGAGCUUUGCCAAGGACAGCGAGCGGCUCGGCAUCGCCGUGGGCAAGGUGGAUGUCACUCAGGAGCCAGGCUUGAGUGGUCGUUUCUUUGUCACAACACUUCCUACAAUUUACCACGCCAACGAUGGAGUGUUCCGCAGAUACCGCGGCUCCCGCACCCUGGAGGAUCUCCAAGGCUACAUCCUGGAGAGGAAAUGGGAAGCUGUGGAGCCUGUGGCAGGAUGGAAGUCUCCAUCUUCUAUAAUGAUGCAUGGCAUGGCAGGGCUGUUUCACUUCUCGGGAUGGAUCAGGCAAAUUCAUAACUACCUCACUGGCACUCUUGGAGUUCAUGUUUGGGUUUCCUAUGCCAUCUUCAUCCUAGCUACCUUACUGAUUGGCCUGCUCUUAGGUUUGGUCCUGGUUUUGAUUUCAGACUGCCUCUGCCCAGCCAAGUCAAAACAGUUGGCUGAAACACCUGAGGAAGCCAUCAGCAAGGAGAGCGUGGAGAACGCGGCGCUGGAGCAGCCCGACGAGGCCGCCGACGUCAACCAUCUCUCGGAUGGAGAAGAUGCAGCCAACUCCAGUGCUGAUGAGUCAGAGGAGGAUUUAGCACUGGGAAAAGAGUCAGGGGGAGAAGAGACAGAAGACUUGAGCGAGCAGCCUGUAGCUGAAUCAGAGACUGAAAGCACAGUGAGGCAGCGCAAGAGUCAGGGUGCUGAGAAGGAACUAUAGCUUCCCCUGUGGUGUCUCUUGUACACCUGGACCAAAGAAGUGUCAGACCCCUCCGGGUCUGAAGCUGGAGCUUACACUUGAUUUGUCGUUGGUGUUUACGCAAAGCUCUGCUCUGCCAGCAGGCUCCUCUUUUUUUAAGCUUAGUACUUGCUUACUUUCUUUGAUAAGCACAUUUGCUGUGUGUUGUGUGACCUUAGCCAUGACAAUCAGAAUCAAUGUCUUAUCUGUUCCAUGUCCUCAGAGAAAAAGGGGGUGUCAGCCUCAGCUCACCAGCUCUGAAAUGAUCAUUUUGUGUGUGUGUCCCUCUAAGGACUGACCUGGACACGAUCAGGACCUUUAACUCCACGGUAGCUUGGCAGGAUUGUGACUUUUCUGUCUGAGUGUUGAUUGUUCCCAAAUGCCACAGAAGCACAGAGACAAUUCACUAGUGAAAGGAGGCACUUUACUGGUCUUCUAUCAGAAAUGUUGUGUACCAUGGGUUUGUUUUUAUCACUUUCAGCUGAAGCACCUUUCUAUUUGCAUUUGUUUUGGAAGUUGAUCCUGCAGCUCACCCCCAGAUGUGUCAGUUUUUGGUGAUCCAGAGGCUGUGCAGCUUGAGUUGUUUGACCCAAGGAGUUGGAGUAAUUAAAAACCUCAGGCAGAAAGAGUGGCAGCUAAAUGUUUAAAAUGUGUUGGAACUUUUAGAAGGUUUAGAGGAAAUUAUUUUUGUUGGGGGAAAUUUUACCAAAGCACAACUACUUCUUUUUCUUUUGGUAAUUUAUUCCCACCAGGACAUUGCGGCAGGAAAUACUCACUUUGGAGUCAGUAAGUUGUGUUUAUCAUGCCAGUACAAGUUUGUCAUGUGCAGUGCAGCCCUGCCAUUUCCAGCUUAGAAUGCUUUUGGCAGAGCUCAGGCUGCUUUAGUGAUGCUAUCUGAAGAGGUACUUAGGGUUUUACCUUUGAUCACUUUUCUACUUUUGGAGUCAUCACACGGGGGAAAUAGAGGGGGCACAGGUGGACAGGGAUGAGGAGCUUUGGGUUUUGCUGCUUCUAUCAGAAAAAUGUGCAUAUGUUGAACUGUGUAAAGUGACAUUGGCUUGUCAGGUAGACAGCAUUAGGUGUGGUUAGACUUGUCAUGAAGCAUAUCAGUAUAUCACUCCUUUGGGUUAAUGUGUAAGUCUUUUUUGGUGAGGAGUACCCUCCAUGAGAUUCUCUAUGUUCCUGCUUUGUUGAUGUAUGACCAUGAGUGUAAGAUGUGUCCUAAUCUUGAUAUUAUUUUAAAAAAUAUAUAUAUGUUGCAUAACACUUGCUAACACGCAUGAAUUUCAUCUUGUUCUUCAAGAAUGAAGAGUAGUCAGAGAUGAGAUCAUUUCUUAUUAGAAGCUGCAAAUGCAAAAUGCUGGUUUCCUUUGAGCCGGAGAUAAAUAGGGCAAAUUUGUGUUGAAAGCUGUUUUGUUGUUGUUGUUUUUUAAUGCUUACAAAGAACAUAACUGCCAAGAAGGGCAACUUUCCCAUCUAUGUCCUGUCCCAAAUGUUUUCAAACCAUAUGGUAGAAACUCUGCAUUUGUCUGGUAGACCUGCUCAAAGAAGAAAAUGAUACUGCAUAUCCUGAAUUUGAACUUUCUUACUUUACAGUACUCCCAGUCUGGAGUUUGAUUUCCAUGUAGUGGACACCUGUAAAUGUGCUUUUACAUGUGUGGAAACACAGACUUGGUGAUAUCUACACUUUGCACUAUGUUGAGAAGAGCUUGUGGUGUUUGGCUCUUGUCCCGUGUAAGUCAGAGGUGUAAAGCUGACCCAGCAGUAGGUGAGGCACACAGCAGCCUUCAAAAGCUACACUUCUGUCUGCAGAAACCAGGAGAACUUUGUGGCCACUACAGUGUGAAGAGAAGAACUGUGCACUUGGAAGACAAAGAGGUUCUCAAGAGUUGGGUUUCCCUCUGGAUUUCACAAACAAACAAAUCCACAAAUGGCACUUUGUCCUCAAAGGCACCUGGUCUGUGAGGUGCUGUGGGAGAGAUCAGAAGCUCCUUUGUGUGGUGUGUCUGAAUUCUCUGCUCACGUUUCCUCUGUCCUGGCACAUCGCAGUUGGGUUUGGGUUAUUAAAGCAAGGAUAGGAAGUGUUUUCCAUCAUGGCAGACUGAGCUGUAAGAUCACUGUUGAGCAGGGAUUAAGUAAGCAGGCAGCAGUGACAGCAGCUUAGAUCUGUCUGGUGAAUCAAGAGUGGGCUUGGUCAGGCUUCUGAGGGUUCUUGAACAGGACAUGGAUGUUCUUCCUGUGUUUUCAUAAGUCAAGUAGGGAAUAUUAGUGCUGGGCCUAUUUGAUGUGCAUUGGUGUAUCUUAUUACAAAGAUCACUGAACUGUGGCUAAGGCUUUGCUUAGAAAAGGUGACACUGUGCAACCACGCAUCUCUCCAACUUAAUUUUACAUUUAUAGGAAAAUGACCAUAGUGUGAUACUGGAGAUAGUCAACUUUGACUAAUAUUUAUCUGGGAAACAGCAGGCAGCAAACACUGUAAAGGUAAAUUGGUAUUUAACAGUAAAACAAUUAGCUGUGCAGUAGGAGUCUCAUGUUAAUAUGCCUUCCAGGAUCAGGUGUUUUUUCCACUAAAACACAUUUUAAUUGAAUCAUGUGAGUAGUGCUAAUGAGACCAUGACAAUAGUUUUAAACUUGGUGUGUUUCCAAAAAGUCAGGAUCAACCUUUUGUGCAAUCUGGGUGUACUGUUAUCUCUGUUCUGUGAGGAUUAAUCAUGAAGAAAUGGAAAUUGUUCUUGCAACCUCGGUAUAGACAAAAGGGCCUUGGAGAAGCUGCUGCUGGCACUGUUCAAAAUGUUCUGGUGAAGGACAGGGCCUUAAGGCUUGUGAACUAGAGCUGUGUGUCAAAAUUCAUUUCAGAUUGUUGAGAAGCAAUUUAAAUAUCAAUUGGGCUGCAUGCCACUGAAUGGGAAUGCUUAACAGCACCUCAUGGAAAAAACCUGGCAGGUUCUUUUUUCAAGAGUCUGGAAAUCCAUCCAGCAUUCCAAACCUCCUGUCCCUGGGAUCUGUGUGAAACUUGUAUGUGUGUCUUGGAAUGCUCUGUAUCUACUGCCCCUGUGGGAGUGGCUCGUGUUAUGUGGGUUUUCUUCUUGCAAAUGUUACACAGGGUUGUCUGUUACAUCAAAGUGUUGCAAAUUUAUACUUAGGCGUAUUUUUACUGAAAUGCCACAUAAAAUUUUGUAUUUAUCA